GGGGAGCGCGAGUCAGAGCUCGGGGAGCAGGCGGCCCGGGGGAGGCAGGGGUACCGGAGAGAAGGACUGGGAGAAUACGGUGGGCGGCAAGAGGUAGGAGCGGAGACACUCCCCUGAGAAGGGAGUGCUGGCAGGAAAACGGAGGCAAACUGCGAGGAGAAACGAAGCGAUAAAGAAAGGGUCAAGAGGGGAGACUGAGAUCGCUCCGAGGAAGAAGAAGGCGAAGGAGGGGGAAUACGGAAGGACUCUGCUGCUAAGAGGAGGAGAGAGGAGUUAAAAGAUUCCUUGAAGAGACGCCGGAGACUGACCCUAAAACUCUCUCCCCCUCUUUGUCACAUCACAAGGAUUUGAUGCCCCUCAGCCUGUUCACUUCUGUGUGUUCAUGUUUCCCACAGGUUUCUCUUCCCCCAACCCCCCAGCUGCAGCUCAGGAGGUCAGACCUGCCACUGAUGGUAAUAGCAGCAGCAACUCCUCCUGCAAGAAGAGAAAGUUAAAUAACAGUAGUAACAGCAACUCUGAAAGAGAAGAAAUUGAUUCAAUUUCCUCCUGCUCCUCUUCUCCUUCCAAAACCAACUCCUCCUCAUCAUCUGCCGUCAUCACUGCCUCCUCGUGCUCCUCCUCAGGGGUUGCCUCCUCCAACCAUCACCUCCAGAAGAAGCUGCGCUUUGAGGACUCCUUGGAUUUUAUUGGACUCGAUGUGAAGAUGGCUGAAGAGUCUUCUUCCUCCUCCUCUCCUGCUGCCUCUUCUCAACAGCAGCACCAACAGCAGCUCAAAAACAAAAGCCUUUUAAUUUCUUCAGUGGCUGUAGGGCACCACGCAAAUGGCCUGACCAAAGCUGCCUCCUCUUCCGUUUCCAGUUUCGCCAACAGUAAACCUGGCUCCGCUAAGAAAUUAGUGAUCAAGAACUUUAAAGAUAAACCCAAAUUGCCUGAAAACUACACAGAUGAAACCUGGCAAAAACUGAAAGAGGCUGUAGAAGCUAUCCAGAACAGUACUUCAAUUAAGUACAAUUUAGAGGAGCUCUAUCAGGCUGUUGAAAAUCUCUGCUCCUACAAGAUUUCUGCAAACUUGUACAAGCAGUUGAGACAGAUCUGUGAAGACCACAUUAAAGCACAAAUUCACCAAUUCAGAGAGGAUUCAUUGGAUAGUGUUCUUUUUCUAAAGAAAAUAGACAAAUGCUGGCAAGAUCACUGCAGACAAAUGAUUAUGAUUAGAAGUAUCUUUUUGUUCUUGGAUCGAACUUACGUACUUCAGAAUUCAAUGCUGCCAUCUAUUUGGGAUAUGGGGCUAGAAUUGUUCAGAACUCAUAUAAUAAGUGAUCAGAAGGUUCAGAACAAAACUAUUGAUGGUAUUCUUCUACUGAUUGAGAGGGAAAGAAAUGGUGAGGCUAUUGAUAGGAGCUUACUGCGAAGCCUUUUAAGCAUGCUUUCUGACUUGCAGAUUUAUCAAGAUUCUUUUGAACAUAGAUUCUUGGAAGAGACUAACCGCUUGUAUGCAGCAGAGGGCCAGAGGCUUAUGCAGGAAAGAGAGGUUCCAGAAUAUCUUCACCAUGUCAACAAGCGUUUAGAAGAAGAAGCAGACAGGAUAAUCACUUACUUAGAUCAGAGUACACAGAAGCCACUAAUUGCAACUGUAGAAAAGCAACUUCUAGGUGAACAUUUAACAGCCAUUCUUCAGAAAGGUUUAAACCACCUUCUUGAUGAAAAUCGCAUUCAAGACCUGUCUCUUCUGUAUCAGUUAUUUAGUCGUGUGAGAGGUGGAGUGCAAGUUCUCUUACAACACUGGAUUGAGUACAUAAAGGCAUUUGGUAGCACGAUAGUAAUUAAUCCAGAAAAAGACAAAACCAUGGUCCAAGAGCUGCUUGAUUUUAAAGAUAAAGUUGACCAUAUUAUUGAUGUUUGCUUUCUCAAGAAUGAGAAGUUUGUAAAUGCCAUGAAAGAAGCCUUUGAAACAUUCAUUAAUAAAAGACCAAAUAAGCCAGCUGAACUCAUAGCUAAAUAUGUAGAUUCAAAGCUCCGUGCAGGCAACAAAGAAGCUACUGACGAAGAACUUGAAAAAAUGCUGGAUAAAAUUAUGAUCAUAUUUAGAUUCAUAUAUGGAAAAGAUGUGUUUGAGGCCUUUUAUAAAAAAGAUCUAGCGAAGAGGCUAUUAGUUGGGAAGAGUGCAUCAGUCGAUGCUGAAAAAUCUAUGCUUUCCAAACUCAAACAUGAAUGCGGAGCUGCUUUCACCAGCAAACUUGAAGGAAUGUUUAAAGAUAUGGAGCUUUCAAAAGACAUAAUGAUACAAUUUAAACAGUAUAUGCAAAAUCAGAAUGUACCUGGCAACAUUGAACUAACAGUGAAUAUCUUGACUAUGGGUUAUUGGCCAACUUAUGUGCCUAUGGAGGUCCACCUACCCCCAGAGAUGGUAAAACUGCAGGAGAUUUUCAAGACCUUUUAUUUAGGAAAACACAGUGGUAGGAAACUUCAGUGGCAAUCAACACUAGGUCACUGUGUACUAAAAGCAGAAUUUAAAGAGGGCAAAAAAGAACUUCAGGUCUCCUUGUUCCAGACACUGGUGCUGCUCAUGUUUAAUGAAGGAGAGGAGUUCAGUUUAGAGGAGAUAAAGCAAGCCACUGGGAUAGAGGACGGAGAGCUGAGAAGGACACUUCAGUCUCUGGCUUGUGGCAAAGCCAGAGUACUGACUAAAAGCCCCAAAGGAAAAGACGUAGAAGAUGGUGAUAAAUUCACAUGCAAUGAUGAUUUCAGACAUAAGCUCUUCAGGAUAAAAAUCAACCAAAUUCAGAUGAAAGAAACGGUAGAGGAACAGGCAAGCACUACAGAGAGAGUAUUCCAGGACCGGCAAUACCAGAUUGAUGCCGCAAUUGUACGAAUCAUGAAGAUGCGCAAAACGUUGAGUCAUAACUUGCUUGUGUCAGAGGUCUACAACCAGCUUAAAUUCCCAGUAAAGCCUGCUGACCUUAAGAAGAGAAUAGAAUCCUUAAUUGACAGGGACUACAUGGAAAGAGAUAAAGAAAACCCAAAUCAGUACAACUAUAUUGCAUAAACAUAUUUUGGCCUUUGUUUUACUGCACACUUGGUGUCAUACGCAACUGCCAGUGGAUAAACUAGCCUGUUGAUCCCAUGAAUUGACUUUUUAUACUACCGAUGACUGAAUGAAAGCAGUGUAAUGGAGAAGUAUAGUAGAGUGGACAACUUCUUUCAGUGGUUAACAUGCCCAUUUAAAGAGUACUAUUUACAUUUUAAGAAGAAUGCUGUUGAACUCUUUGCAUGUUAUUUAGUAAGAUGUGCAGAAAGCUGCAAGAAAGUAUCUGGUCUUUGUGAUUCCAUUUGUCCCUGGGUCUGAAGAGGAGUCCCUUGAUAAGACAGAUGUCUUUCACACCUUUAAAUGGAAACAGAAGGUUAGUUAAUGUAAGAAAAUAGCCUUUAAAAUGCUUAAACUGCAUGCAAACUUUUAAUUUACUGUACAGAAUGCAUUUCAGUUAGCAACAUACCAUUGAUCUGGUUGAUACCCACACCUGGAUUUUUCUUGAGGGAGGGGAAAUGGGGAAUAAGCCAAGCUAUGCUUAUUGCUGAUCUAGUGGAAUAUAUUCUUGGUUGCAAUUAAGAUAAAAAUGAUACCAAUAUAAAAUGAUGUAUAAAGUUUGCAGUGUGGACAUAUAUAUUAUAUAUACAAAUACCAUUCUUAAAUAACUGCUACAACAAAACAAGUUCAGGUUUAUAUUAAUAUGGCUUGCCUGUAAGACUUGGUGUUCACCUUCAGGAAUUUUAAGCAUAAAACAGCCAUAAUGGAAACAAAAGUGACAGUUUUUACUAGCCAUGGGUAGGAGGCCUUCACCUCUUGGCAGCAAUACUCUACAAAAGAGAAUCUACUUAAAGGUAUUUAUGAAGAGCCACAGUGUUCUUGUGGUACAGCUAUAAGAACAAAAGUUACAAACUAAUUUUAAUACUUGUUUUGCUUUGCAACAUUCUGAACUUGAACAAACCUCAAGGUUUAGGCAGGGCGCUUACAAGACUGCCCUGCUUUGGAUUGCUUUAACUUAAAGCUUUAAGAACUCAGCCCUAGAUGUGGCAGGCCUCCUAGAACCCAGAAGCCUACCUCUCAUAUAGAAAGAUAGUUAAGUAUUGCUACAAGGCAUCUAAAACAUUUUCUUAGAUGACCAGAAAGCAUUCUUUGCAUCUUGAUAAGACAUGGGAGAAUUAAGUCACUUGAAUGUAGAGCAUUUUUCAACAGAAUGCAUUUUUAUUGCUAUAGCAGUGUAUGCCAGGAAUACAUGGGGAAAAAAAGUGUCAGCAGAAAAGGUAACUCCUCCACAUACAGUUCUUCCUUACUCAGCCAAGCUUUAGACCUACAAUCAGCUGUGUUGCAAAGUACAGUGAAAAACCUCAUCCUCUUUCAGGCACUGAUAAUCCUGGAGAAUACCAGAUAUUUCUUGAAAGCAAGAUGUUACUUUUUUUAGUGACAGUGUAACUUAGCUAUUUAGGAUCUAUAACUUUUUAUCACUGUGAUACCACAUUCAGGGGUGUGUAUGUGUGAGAGAGGGAGUGUGUGUGUGUCUGUUCUGCAUCUGACACAUCCCAUCCUUGCUGCUUUUUUGGUCCAUUGUUUAAUUCCAUGUUUUCUCCAGCUGUGUUUUGCUCAAGCGCUUUUGUAUGCGAUCCUCAGUUGACAGAUGAAGGAGAUGAUUGUUGUUUUUUUUUUCUCCUACCAAAUUUGCUGUCACCCUCCACUAACUGUCAUACAGCUCCUUACAUGAUCUGCAGAAAAUCUACCUUAUCUUCUGACACUAUUGCAGCAUAACUUCUGGUAGGCAUCCAGGACCACCCUUGCCUCUGUAAGAAAUGCUAAUACAAUUAUUUGGUAAGCAACUUGAAGAUUGCUCCAGCAAAAAGAGGCAAAUCUUUAAGUAUUAGUUCAAGUAGACAUCCACUGGGGAGGAAAACAUGUCCCCCCCCCCCCCCCCAAAAAAAAAAAGACCAAAAAAAACAACCUUCUGUAUUUUCCAUUCAGUGUUCCCUUUUCUUGUAUGUGUUUUGUAUCUUUAGCCAAUAAAAGAUUCCUUUUAAAAAGGUGUUUGGAGAAGGAGCAUAAAACUUCUCUCUUUGGGAGACAGGAGAUGAUGAAAUCAGCAUUGAACUGGUUCCAUUCAAUCAGUUGUAGCAAAUCAAACACCACCACAUGUUCUGGUAAAAUCCUCUCUCAUCAGACAAGUGUGUAGCAUUCAGUCAAACUAACCAGAAAGGUACAAAGGCUUAUUUAAUUUUUAUCCCAUCCUUUUCAGUAACUUAAAUGCAAAAAUUAGUACAUAGAAAAAUGUCCUCGACUCUCAUGAGACAUCCAUGAUCUGAGGCAGACCCUAAGAAUGGAUUUUGAGAAUACUGGCUAGGCUGAGCGAAGGGGUGAGAGGGGGAGGGAAGAAGGCUUCUCAAUCUUGGAUCUUCACGGCUUUUCCCCAAGAACUUGUUCAUCUCUUCUGCUAAGGUCUCACUCAUUCCUGGUUAAUGACAAAGCUGCAGCCAAGAUUUCUUGUCCAGCAGUAUAACUCUACAACUUCUUGCUGGGAUCAUGUGCCUGCCUAUUGAGCCAUAUAUAUCUCUCUAUAUGAAAACAAAAUAGUAGUGGGCUUGGACCACAAUUCAUCUGGCUAUAACACAGCUUGUCUGUUUGGCCACACAAUUUUAAUCUUGACUCUUGCAUGCAGUUUAUAGCACCUUGUUCAUAACAAAUUGCAGUUUAUUCUUAGAAAUAUAUAUUUUAGUUUUUUUAAUCUUUAUACCCAUAAAUGGACUUUUUUUUUGUCUUGGCUGGUUUAAAAGGUGACCAUUUUGUUUAAAUGCUGUAAUUGCAAAUGUGUUGUAAACAUUGUUUUGUUCUAUAGUUUACACAAAGGUGCCAAAGUAAAUAGUUAAUAAAAAAAAAAAAAAAGGAAAAGAAAAAAAAUAGCAAAUUAAGUUGCUUUAGCUGUGCUUCAUAUUUUGGUCUCUGCUCUUUUUUAUCAGUCAGACUUUUGUUUUUUUCCUAAGCAUAUCAUCUGCCCUAUUGUCUUUUUCUUUUUUUAAAGAAACAAAAGUGCAUCUAAUGAAAUGUUCAGAUACCACUUUGUUUUUUUUAGUGAUUUCAUACAGUAGGAACAAUAUUUUCUUUGAAAAGUUACACUAAAAUUGUAAGAGUACAGCAGCAUUCAAAAAUGUAAUAUGCUUUUUGUAUAACAGUUCUUCAGAACAUGUCUGGAGUGGGGAAAAAAAAAACUAACCCUGUUACUUUUCAGAAGCCUCUUCACUUGGCUACCAGAACUAAAAAAAAAAAAAAGAAAAAGAAAAAAAAAGUGCUUUUACACUGCAUCAAAAAGCUGUAGUUUAUGCAGACUUGCAGACAGGGCAUGUGUCGUCACUGCAUCCUUCGAUGCAAAAAGCAGCAAAACCUUUUUAAUGUUUCAUAACAAGUCUGAUAUGGGUACAGAGAGUCUUUCUUAAAGUUGGUAAAUAAUGUAAAUACAUGUCCUUUCAGAGAGUGAGUCUGUUAUCUAGGUAUUUUGUGUCAUUUAAUAAAUAUUAAACAGUUUUGUGUUGAUAAA